AUGGCGUAGUCGUGAGGUGCGCGGGCGCGCACUCGGUGGUCGCGGGUUCGAGGCGCCCAGACCGCAGUCUUCUUUCGGUUUGUUUUAUCUUUCUGUUAACCGAGGCGCGGCUUCAGGGUUUUUACCGGUGCUCCCGCGAGCAAUCCUUUUUACCCCUGAGGCGACCUCUUGGAGUGGUUGAUUUGGCUAAGUCCCCUCUGGGCCUGGCACAGUCCCUUCCCUUUAGUUUUACCACCUUUCCCCGGGAGCUUGGUCCGCUCUUCUCUUUUGUUGCCCCUCCUCUUCUUGUCGAUCGUUUGGGAAUUAAGUCCGUUACACUUGAUUUCCUGCGAGCCUUUCGACCGACUCCCCUCCUCGGUUGCUCCCUUGUCGACUGCCGCCGCAACAGCCGACACUUCCAGAAAUCCCCCCCCCGUACCAACGCGUGUAGACGACGUCAUCCCCUCCGACGUCGCUUGUCAUAGCGAGUCUCGGCUACCGUCGCCUCGCCUGUGAUGAAUGCAUUUACAGGCGCACCGACAUUUCGGGUGAUCAUUACAUCGCGCUCUAUGUAGAUGACCUCCUCUUCUUUGGUCCCGACCUUGGGGAGAUCGAUCAAGUCCUGGAUCAACUCGACACCCUUUACGGCGUAAAACGUCUCGGCCCGGCCGAAUGGAUUCUAGGGGUUCAGGUCGUCCGGCAUGAUGAUGGCGGGAUCACCCUCUUACAGCGCCAAUACCUCGUUGAUGUGUUGGCUCGUUUUGGCAUGUCCGAUUGCAAUCCCUGCAAAUCGCCAAUGGAGGCCAACCUCCAGCUGUCGCCCGAGAUCGACCCCGAUGAAGCCGACAACUCGACCUAUCGUUCUAUGAUCGGCUCCCUCAUGUACACCGUUGUUGCCACCCGACCCAAUCUUGCACACGCUGUGGGGUAUCGCUCUUGUUUUGUUGGCAAAGCGGGGGCAGCACAUCUCGAGGCUGUCAAACGCGUCCUUUGGUACAUCAAAGGCUCGCUCGAUCUGGGCAUCCACUACGUGGCUAACAACAAACCCUUGCUGGGAUACGAGGGGUACUCUGACUCAGACUGGGGAUCCGAUGUGAACACGUUGAGGUCAACGAUGGGCUACUUGUUCAAACUGGCUGGUGGUGCAAUAUCGUGGUCAUCUUGUCUCCAACCUCAAGUGGUGUGUUCGUCUACGGAAGCCGAGUAUCUGGGUCUUUUGCAUGCUGCCAAGGAGGCAGUCUUCCUUCACUCACUCCUCACCGAGCUCGGCCUUGACACAUCAUUGCCUCUUCGUCUGCUUGGGGACAAUCAAGGCGCUAUUGCGCUCACCCAGAACCCGGUCUUCCAUGCUCGCACCAAACACCUUCGCAUGUUGGAGCACUUCGUUCGGGAGCAUGUUCGGAAUGGAGAGAUCUUGGUCACCUACAUCCCUACCCAUGACAUGGUGGCCGAUAUCUUCACCAAGCCGCUGCCUCGAGUGAUUUUCCAGCGUCAUUGUGACACUAUUGGCGUUCGGCGAAUUUCAGGCCAAGAGCAAGGGGGGGUGUUGAAGUAA